AUCGAUUUUAAUCAACUGCAUUGCAUCGAUGCUGAAACCUUGGUUGCCAAUGGCAUCGAAAGCGAGUUACUGCGCUUAGAUGAAAGCUCGAUUCAUCGGCGGUUCAAGUUUGGUGUAUUGUACAUCAAAGAAGGCCAGACAAAAGAAGAGGAAUGGUUUUCCAAUGAACAUGAUUCACCCAAGUUUGAGCGAUUUUUGAAUAUCAUUGGUCAACGCGUCGCCCUGCUAGGUUACAAUGGCUGGGCUGCAGGAUUGGACACCAAAAGUGGUGAUUCAGGGGAAUAUACAUAUACGGAUGUGUGGGGUGACAACCUGUUAGCAUAUCAUGUUUCAACGUUGAUACCCUCGAGAAUUGGUGAUAAGCAACAGAUCCAACGAAAACGACACAUUGGCAAUGACAUUGUAUGUAUUGUCUUUGCAGAAGGAAGACAACCCUUUAAUCCUGCCGCGAUAAAGUCUCAAUUCCUGCAUGUGUUCAUUGUUGUGCAUGAAGAAGAGGUGGAAGUGGCCAUGGUGGAGAAUGUACCGAAUUUUGGCCCGCCGUUACCUGAACAUGCAUUCUUCUUUGAUCAAGCCGAACUACGAUCGUUUAUUCUCGCUAAAUGUAAGGAAACCCAAGAAAAAAAAAGAUACUCACGUAGGGUAGAUCACUGA